AUGUCUAUCUCUGCCACUCCCGGGAACUCCUCGCCCUCUCCUGCUCCUACCAACGGCACUGACAGCAACGGAGCCGCCAUUCACCCUUUCUCACAAGACCUUCCUGCCAUCCGCGCCUCCCAACUUUCUGCCGCCUUCGCCUCCAUCUCCGAGCAACUCGCCCAAGCCUCCGACAUCUUCGCAGGUUACCAAUCCGCGUCAUCCUCUGCUCAGAACCUCAUUGGUGGAAAGGAUAAUGGACAAUCACAGGCGCAUGAUGGAGUACAGGAGGGCAGGUUGACGCCGGAGUUGGAGAGCUUGCAUGCGAGGUUGGACGCGAUUGAGCGAACGCAGUCGGUGUUGUCGAAUGAUGUAGAGAGCAUCAAGGCGCAGAUCGAAUCCGAACAUACGAGGGUGUCGACGCCUAUGCCUUCUACUAGUAACGGUGCCAGCACGGCUGCCCUACCCCCGGCCGUGGCUGCGUCGAGCGAGAAAAUCGAAGAACUGGAGAAGAAGAUGAAAGAGAUGGCAGAUACUAUUAAACUUGAACAAGAUCGCUUGUACGCCCGUCUACACAACGCGACCGCCUCGGUGUCCAAGAUGCCGAUCAUGGCUCCUCCAACGGCGAACGGCAAGCCGUUACCUAAUUUCCCUGCGACGAAAGGAGAGUUUGAACAUCUUACCAGAGAACGAUACGAGGCAUUGUUGAAGGCGUAUGGGCAGCCUCUUCUGAAGGCGCCUGGGCCUUUGGUCGAUGCGAGGAGGCAGGCCCUCAGGGUUUUCAUUGGUCUGCCUGCUUGA